CGUAAUAGGUCCUUUACCGCGAAAUGUGGCGUGCGUUUCCGUGAGGGAGAGGCUUCCCGGAGGUGUUGGGAAGCAACAUGGCUGCUGUUUACUCGACACAGGAGGGUAGACGGCAAGCGAACGUUAACAGUUUGUCGUCUGAAGAUAAAAAAGAUGCGAUCCGGGACCCCGGUGUGGGUUCGGUGAGCGGCGAUAAUGCCUUAAACGCGGAAAGCGCCGGCGUGGAGCGCCGUUUGAAGUCUCGUGGCCCUGCGCCGAAGGCCCGAGAGCGCGCGGAAGUCGCUGCCGCGGUGGCCGUUACGGUUCCUCAGAUAAUAAUAAAAGAGGAGCAGGUCGAGGAAAACGAGUAUGUAACCGAGCAAGACGGUUCGGAAGAACGGACUGCACGAAAAGCGGACUUGCCGGGCGGACAUGAAAGUACCGACGGGGAUUGGCUAUUUCGCUGUGAAGAUUGCAGUGAGGCCUUUGUGAACAAGGAGGCAUAUCUGGAGCAUCGUCGGGAGCACACCCACGAUGGCCCCAUAGUCUGCCUGGACACAGAUUCACAGUGGGAUGAUCUGCUAGUCUCAACAGAUGGAGGUCGACGCACAUUGUGCUGUGCUUUGUGUGGGCGCAAAUUUUCAAGCUCAAGAGGGUUUUUCACCCACCAACUGAAACACCGCAACCAAGUCAUUAAAAGGGAAUCUGUUUCAGAUACUGGUCAGAGCACUGUGAAACAGAAAGUUUUUGAGUGCAGGGAUUGUGGUAAGAUGUUUGCUUCAAUUGGCCAGUGCCUUAACCAUCAGCGUUCACACAAGCAGGCCUCAAAGUCAGUUUUUCAUCAGUUAGCUCAUUUAAAGAAAAAGUCCUUCCAGUGCCCAACCUGUGGCCGUUGUUAUUCUCGUGCUUCGGCUCUUGAUGCACAUCGGCGUUGCCAUGAGAUAAAGCUGGUUAAGUCACGGGGCUGUGAAACUGAAAAACCUCACUCAGUUAAUGAAGCUCCAGUUAAAAUAGAAGACACUACUGACACAACGUCUGCACAGUUAGGUGGGCCUCAGGAAAAGCUUUUUGAGUGCCUUUGUGGCAAAGCUUUUCGCACUCUGUGUGGGCUUGGGACACAUCAAAGGUUCUCUACCAACUGCUCAAAUGUUAAGGUAAAGAUGGAAGUUAAGCGUUCAUUUGAAUGCACAGAAUGUGGUAAAACCUUUGUUAGCUCGGUGGCUCUGUCAUGUCACCAGCGUUGGCAUAAAAGACGAGCACAGCUUGUCUGCAGUGGGCAGCCAUUUAAAUGUAAGGAAUGUGGCAGAGUGUUCACCUCACUAACGUUCUACAAUAAGCAUCAAAGAUUAGCACACAGUAAAGAGACACCGGCAAAGUCUUUCCUUCACCAAGUGUUUCAGCUCCAGAAGAAGGCUUUUGAAUGUCGGGAUUGUGGUUGUCGAUUUUCUCGUGCCUCUGCGCUACAAUCACAUCAGCUCUGUCAUACUGACGUCUUUAGUGACAUCAUUGAGAGGUGUUCCAAAUCAUCCCCUGUUGGUUCAGCACCUGGGUCAGACCAGAGUGAUGAGGACGAGGUGAACAACUUUGGUGCUGGUGCCAUGGUGUGUCCACAAAGUGCUUCGCAAGCAGACAGUACUGAAAGAGAAUUAAACUGUGAUGCAGCGGGUGCUGCAGAAGAUGAUGAUGUAGAUAAUUGUUUAGAAGUUAUCAGCGUAGCAGCAUCUGAUGGUUGUAGAAGUGACUGUGGGUCCCAACAGGAUCAGAAUCCUGAUCUUGAAUUGCUGUGCGAGUCAGAUCAAGAGGAAAAAGAUGACUAUCGUUUUAACUUGAGCCCUGAAGGUGAACCAGUCUCUUCUCAGACAAUAAAUCCAGAAAUGAAUGUAAAGAUUGUACAGAUAGACUAUGAGCAUUUGAAGGGAGGAUUAGUAAACACAGAAAUGGAUAGAAGUCCUUCUCAGGAUGUUAAGAAGUAUGACUGCCCAGAUUGUGAUCGAACAUUUGUUAAGGCUAUAUCUUUGCGCUGUCAUAUGUUGUGGCAUAGAGGAGGAAUGGGGAAAAAGUCUCGUUUAAGGAGAAAAAUGCGCAUUAUGACCCCCAUCAGGAAAGCUUCAAUAAAAUGUGAGAUUUGUGGCCAUGAGAGUUUCACAAAGACUUCUCAUUACUUUCAUCUGGGAAAACAUGAAGACAGGCAACCUUACAAGUCUAUUACGUAUCAACUCGCUAAUCUGCAGAAGAACAGUUUUAAGUGUGAUGAAUGUGGAAUGCAUUUCUCACGCCUUUCUGCACUCCACUCUCACCAGCAGCACCACAACAAUGCAAAGAAACCAUAUGCAUGCUUGCAGUGUAACAAAAGCUAUACAAAUCCCAGUGGUCUUUACAAUCAUCAGAAGGUCUGCGGUGGCAAGGAUCCUGGUUCUCCAAAUGAAACUGUCAGAAAGAUGGAGCAUUUUAAUCCAACUAAGACCCUGUUGGGCCCUAAGGUUCAUCACUGUAAGAAAUGUGGGAAAGGAUUUUGGUCUUUGGGAGCUUUCUUUCAUCACAAACAGUACCAGCCACAGUGUGCAGAUGUUGACACAAGAACUGCAACAGCCUCUGUCGAGUCUGAAAAUGGGUGUGGAAGACGCAAGAGACGAGGGCGUAAAAGAGGAAUGCUAUACAGUCGUCACCCUCGUAAGACUGGUGCAAUGAGUGAUCACACAGAAUCAAAAGAGGAGCAUAAAUGUGACAUUUGUGGUAAAUCAUACCGCAUGUUAGCAUGCUUUCUUAAACAUCAACUUGUCCAUAACACUAAUGAAACACCACCUCCUGCUAAGUCAUUUGACUAUCAGGUUGAACAGUUGAAGAAGAACUCGUACAGUUGUCCUGAUUGUGGGAAACUUUUCUCUCGUGCCAUGGCACUGCAGUUUCACAUGAAAAGCCAUGGCUAUGAAACUGGCCUUCCAUUAAAUAACGCAAACCUACCCCAAUGUCAUACCUGCUUUGCGUUUUUCACUUGUGUGUCAGCGUUACAACUUCAUCAGAAACAUUGCAUAGAACCAAAGAGUGAACCUGAGCAACAGAUGGAUGAGUGUCAGAAAAAGGCACUGGAAAAGCUAAGUGCAUCUCAUGAAAAUAAUAGUGUACAAAGUCAGACAGUUGAAUCUAUGGAAGAGACCGAGUUUAAAAACCAACUUGAAACACUUCCGCCCAUUACUGCUGAUUUGAAAUACAAGUGUGAUGUCUGUGGCAGAAGUUUUUCAGUUGUAGGUGCACUUAAUUUUCAUAAGAGGAUUCACAGCAAAGGCCAUGUUUCCACCAAGCCAAAAUCGGAACUUAGAAAUCCACUCAAAGGCAACUCCAAAGAUCAUCCGGCCAGAACUCCAUUUGUUUGUUCGGAAUGUGGAAGGAAUUUUUCUACAAAUUCAGCCCUUGGCACGCACAGGCGAUGGCAUAAAGACAAAAAGUUUGCCCGUAUUUUAUCAAAGAACAGUAAGCUCUCAAAGAAAAGCAUCGAUAGUGGACCUUUUUUAUGCAACUUGUGUGGGAAGGGGUUUUUCUACCUUUGUGUUCUUCGCCGGCACCAAAAACAUCACCCACCAAUAAAGGCUCAACUGGAUGCCGAGUCUGAAGGAAAAACUAAACUCAGCAUGACAUGUCAAGAGAGCAGCAUAGCCUGCCCAGGCUGUGACGAGUCUUUCUCUAGUGGAUCUCUCUUAGCCUCUCACUUUGCCUGCCAACAUACCAAGCCCUCCGACACGGCUGAAGAACCUAAGAAACUGGGAGCUAGUCCCCUCAAUGAGGAGCCUUCGGAUGAACCAUUCAAAGCUGCAAUAUGUCCACCCCGAAGUAACUUGGCCACAGCGAAAGGAGAAAAGAUGAAAAUGAAACACCAAUGCCCCCAGUGUUAUAGGAGCUUCAUGAAUGUACGAGGUCUUCGUGCACAUAAAUGGCAAAAACAUAGAAGGACUAGAGGGCGCCCUGCAGUGGGAUCGGACAGAGCCAACAAGCCCUUUCCUUGCUCACGAUGUGAGAAACGCUACAGCUCACAAGGAGCCCUCUAUAACCAUAAAAGGUCCUGCAAUGCAAAUAAGGUAGAUCAGAAACAGCCACCAAGACCAGUUAAGCCACAUGUAGCAGAGGGGCCAUUGUUACCACAUCGUCCUUCAGAGACCACUACAAAAUUUCUUUUCAAGUGCCAUAAAUGUGGUAAAGCUUUUCCCAGUGAGGCACAGUUGGAUGCUCAUAAAGAGGCAGCAAGAACACGACCGCAUUGUUGUGCACUCUGUUGUCGUGGCUACUGGACAGAGAGUCAACUCCAGCAGCAUCUUGCCUGGCAUGACGAAGUGCGCAGACGUCUCCCAACUGAACUCCGUUAUCGGCUCAGUGCUUCCGUAGUGUCUGGGCCCUCACCCGAACUCCAAGACCCGGCACAUAACUCGGGCAGACGGGACUCUGUCUCCCUUGUAAAGGAACCUGCAGCCACUGCUAACACACAGGCACCCAAGAACCACAGGUGCCAUCAGUGUGGCAAAACAUUCUUAUCUCCACGGGCACUUGAACAACACCAGGCUGUUCACAAACGCGAGGAACCCUAUCAUUGCUCACUAUGUCCACAGACAUUUGGGGACAUCAGAGAUCUCAUUGAUCACCAUCAGGAGUGUUUGGGUGAUAAAGAGUUGAUGGACACAUGCUCUUCUGCUUCUAGAGACGCUGAGAGCCUAACCUGUAUUGAGUGUGGGAUUUCGUUCAGUCAGGAAAUGGACUUGCAUCAGCAUUACAUUGAACAUGCACGUGGAGAGUUCUGAGGGUUUCGGGUCAGUUUACCCGAUGCAGUUGGAUUAGAGUUUAGCCCUAAGUUCAAGGGUGGUAAUUAACUGCUGUUUUCCUCAUGCUGUAUUCAUACAAGGAUUGUUUCCAUUAAACUCCACAUUGCGAUUGUUAUGCAUAUGGUUGCAGCAUUAAAAGUAACAGUGGCUUCCCUGAGAAUUUCUAUACCUGCUCAUUUCUCAGAAUUAAAGAAUAAAAGGACAUGGUGCAUUAAUUGUAAUGUAAUUGAGUGUCAUCUGCAUUUAUUGACCAUUUAAGGUUAAAUUAAAUAAACAAAAAAAAAUCCAUUGUGUGAAUGUUCAACAACUAUGACUUGUUUAGUUAUUCAGCAGUAUAAACUGAUUGUGAUCUUAAAGGAUAGGUUUGCUUCUUUUCAGCCCACACCUUAUUAACAUUGUGCAUCAUGUAUAGUCAUGUAUAACACAGGGCCAUGGAUAGCUUUAGUACUAAGAAAUCUUAUGUUCCUUGCAUCUUGUAUCUGCAUGUUUUCAGUGCCCUUAAUCCUGGUCCAUUGGUGCAGUCAUGUAACUUGAAUGCCUAUGUACAUCAUGCCAAUAUUUGGAACCACCAGACGGUCUGCAAUUUUGCUUUAUCCUAGCUCCCACCUCACCUGAGCUCACCCAUUACGAUCAUGGGGAGGUAUUCUGACAUACACUAGAGCUCAGGGGACCACUCUUGAGAAACACUGGUUUAAGAUUAAGAAGGUUUCAGAGAUAUCAGUGGGAUUGUCCUAUGUGCAACUCUAAUUGGGGGGUAAUUAUAACGAGGUGUGUACUGAAGAAGAGAAAACCUAUCAAGACCAAUAGAAUGUUUAUCCAGAAUUAUACCUCUGAAGAUUUGAAGACUAUUGCCAUUUUAUAUUUUUAAGGAACUAGUGCUGCUUCUUUUUUUUGGGGGGGGUUGUUUUUAAAGAUUGACCUGUCUCUGUAACACUAAACUCUAGUUUUUAGUAUAUGUCUCAUUUUUCACACUAUGUUGUGUAUUUCUUGAAACGGCAGCAGAUGCUACAUUACUAAUCACCUGUGAAAGUAAUGGAACUUCAAUCUGCAUUCAGCCUCUAGUUUUAAUUGUGCACUUGGACCCUUAUGGCAUUAUGCCAUCUUAACAUGCAUGCGUUAAGUCCCAUUGAGAUUUGAUGACCCUCUUCUAGAUGAUUUACAGUUUGCAUUAAAAUGGCCAAACAUGUAGUUUUGUGGUUUAUUGCUAAAGAAAAAAAAAAAGUUAAAUAUUGAAUUCUUUUAAAUUAUGCAUUAAUAUUUAACAGCAAGUGAAUUCAGGUGAUUUGCUGUAUCUUGCAAGUUUAUACAUUAUACAGUACUUGUCCCUUUAAUUUGAAGUAGAGAAUUUGCCUGGGUUUGUGUUUUUAAAGUAUCAAGGUUUCUUGGUAAUUUACAGUGUGGAUUAAUGGGUGAAUGUAUUUCUGUGGGAGUAAUCUGUGAGAGGCUUUCCAUCUCAUGUCUCCAUUUUAUUAACCCAUGCAGCAUUACCUUAGUUGUUAAUUUUGUAUAUCACAUUUCUCAGCAUUUUAUACCCUUCUGCUAAUCUAAUAAUUUAGAUUCAAUCUUGUUUUGACACUGCUCAUGUAUCACUUUAUUUCUUAGUUUUGUUUAGUCCGACAGACGCCUCCGUGUGUUUGUUUUUUUUUUGUUGUUGUUGAACAAUGUUCAUCCCAGUUCUCAUUCUGAUUUAAUGCUAACCAGAAAAUUAACAUUCCUGGCAUCCUGAAUGAUUAGUCAGUUUUCUGCAUGCAGACUGUAUGGUAUUGAUCCAAGAUCUUUCAUUUGCAAUACUUUUUAGUUCAGAACUGUGCUUAAUUUGUGACGUGCCAUGUGAAACUGAUGGUGACUGGAUUUACUGAGUACACCUUAAGGUAUAGACAUGUUCAUUACAAAGGGGCUUUUGGGUUGUAAAUAUUUUUCCCUUUUUCUUUUUUAAUUUAAUUUUUUUUUUUUUUUUUUUUUUUUUUGCAUUUUUGGAAUAAUUGUUCAUAAUUACAAUCUGCUUGACAUGUUGGUUUUCAAUCAAUGUUUUUUCUCUUUUAACUUGAGUAAACAUUAAAACAAAUGUCCAUAUUUCAAAUGUAUUUCAAAUUGAGGGAUUUCAACUAUUAUUCAUUAAUUUUGACAUCACAUGUAUCUUCUCCUUUGUGGUUAGAUAUAUAUUUAGGAACUGUUUUGUGACACACCCUUAAACGUAACAUUUUUGUACACAUUAUUUUUGAGCUGUUUUCUUUAAUGAGAAUGAUGUAACAGCUGUUGCUUUCCUGUAACAGCCAUUAAUGUGUAUAAUUAGUCCUUACUAGAAAAAUGUAAUUACGUGUAUAUGAUUUAAGCACCUGAAAAAAAGUAAUCAGCAAAUAAACCUGUGUAUAUGCUAA